CCUCAAAACCCUCCUCCUCUUGCUUCACUCUCAGAGAAAUCUUCACUCUCUACACUGAAAUCCCUCCGAAGCAACUCUCUCUUUCUCACCUGAUGGAGUUCUACGUCGGGAAUUAUUUCAGCGGCGUGGCUGAGAAGAACGUAAAUUCCGGCGAGAAUUUCGCGGUGGAGGACCUCCUGGAUUUCUCCAACGAAGACAUGAUAUCGAGCGAAGGAAUGUUUUUGGACAACGUCAAUGGCAGCUCAACGGACUCCUCCACCGUCACCGUCGUUGACAGCUGCAAUUCCUCCUUCUCCGGAAGCUUCGGCGCAGAUUCUCAGUUCUCCGGCGAGCUCUGCGUUCCGUACGAUGAGGCGGCAGAGCUGGAGUGGCUCUCGAAUUUCGUAGAGGAAUCAUUCACAGGGGAUCAGCUGCAUAUUUUGCCGUCAGGAUCCAAACCUCCGACGCCGGAGUCGUCUUCCUCCUCCAGCCGUCUUCCGGGGAAGGCGAGGUCGAAGAGAUCACGCGCCGCCCCAGGAGACUGGUCCACGCGCUUCCUACCCCUCUCAUCCGAGAAACCGAAGAAGAGAGAGACCGGAGACGAGGGUAACGGCCGGAAAUGCUUGCACUGCGCGACGGAGAAGACGCCGCAGUGGAGGACGGGGCCGAUGGGACCGAAGACGCUCUGCAACGCGUGUGGGGUCCGCUACAAGUCGGGGCGGCUGGUGCCGGAGUACCGACCGGCCGCAAGUCCGACCUUCGUCUCGACGAAGCAUUCGAAUUCCCAUCGCAAGGUUUUGGAGCUCAGACGCCAAAAGGAAUUUCAGGGGCCACAGUUCAUCGACCACACCUCUCUCUUCCCGGCCGGAGAUGACAUCUUCCUUCACCCGUAUCAUUUGGCUCACUCUCAUAUUUAAUUAGAUAUUUAUUUAAAUCACAUUUCAAAGUUUUUUUUGUCGUUAAUUUUUAAUUAGUCUCUUUAUUAACAACCCCCUUCUUCUCAUCAUCUCUAAUUUUGUUUUACACAUCUCCAUGUUUCUUCCAAAUGACAAAACCUCAAACAAAUGCCGAUUUGGAUGCCCA